AGAAAUAUCAUUAUAGUUCAAGCGCUUGUCUCUUCUCAAUACAUAUAAACUACUAACGACUCCUUUUAGGUAAUGUAUUUUAAUUUAAAAGUGGUUGCAUUGGCAGCCACACUCUUGGGUUACACCUCUGCACAAUCUGCUCCAGCAACGAAUCCUAACGCACCAACUAAUGAUAAUGACGCACCUGCCGAUAUCGGUGAAGAGCCUCCAACCGUUGAACCUGUUCCAUUCAAUGGUGACAGUGAACAUUUACCUACUCACCCUGAUUUCUUCCCAACUCCUGAAACACCAGGUACAGGUGCAUGGGCAGAAGCAACUGGUAAAGCUCGUGAUUUAGUCUAUUCUUUAUCAGUUGAAGAGAGAGUAAAUAUCACUACAGGUGUUGGAUGGGGUAAUGGCCCAUGUGUUGGUAAUAUCGCUCCUAUUAGAGAUGUUUUCCCAGGCUUGUGUCUUCAAGAUGGUCCACUUGGUGUUCGUCAAGUUGAGCAAGCUUCUGCAUUCCCAGCUGGUAUCAACGUCGCCGCUUCGUUUGAUAAGGACUUGGCAUAUCAAAGAGGUUUAGCUAUGGGAACUGAGUUCAAGGAGAAAGGUGCUCAUGUCGCUUUGUCACCUUCAAUUGAUUUCGGUAGAAACCCAACCGGUGGUAGAAACUGGGAAGGAUUCGGCGCAGACCCAUACCUCCAAGGUGAACUUGGAUCAUCAACUAUUUACGGUCUUCAAGACGCUGGUGUUCAAGCAACGGCUAAGCACUACUUUGUCAACAACCAAGAACACUACCGUUACACCUCGUCAUCAAACGUCGAUGAUAGAGCAAUUAGAGAGAUCUACCUCCAUCCAUACGUCAAAGCAGUCCAAGCCAAUGUUGCAUCUGUUAUGUGUUCAUACAACAAAAUUUUGCAAUCUUGGGCUUGCGAGAAUAGCUACCUUCUUAAUGGUGUUUUGAAACACGAGCUCGCUUUCCAAGGUUACGUACAAUCUGAUUGGCAAGCUCAGUACUCUGGUACACCUUCAGCUCUCGCUGGUUUGGAUAUGAGUAUGCCAGGUGAUUCUACUUUCUACUCCGGUUGGAGCUACUUCGGUGCAAACCUCACAGAGGCAGUCGCUAACGGUACCGUUCCAGAGGAGAGAGUAAACGAUAUGGCUACUAGAAUCGUCGCUGCUUGGUAUCUCCUCGGUCAAGAUGAAGAGAACUACCCAGAAGUUAACUUUAACUUCUUUGACGAGAAUGAUCCAACCAGAGGUCCAGUUAGGGAUGUUAAACAUGACCAUGCAUCACUUAUCAAGGAGUUGGGUUCAGCUUCUACCGUCUUGCUCAAGAAUGAUAACAACGCUUUACCAUUAGACGGUAGCAAUUUAAGCGCUGGUAUUGCCGUAGUUGGUAGUGAUGCAGGUCCAGCUUCAAAAGGACCAAAUGGAUGCGCAGAUAGAGCUUGUGUUGAUGGUACAGUUGCUGUUGGUUGGGGUAGCGGUGCAAACGAGUUCCCAUACCUCGUUGAUCCACUAUCAGCAUUAGAAGAAAGAGGUGCACUCGAUGGUUUCAGUGUUGACAACUGGCUCAACAACUGGGACAUUAACAACGAUGGCUUCAACAGCGUCGUUCAAGGAAAGGAAGCUGCCAUUGUCUUUGUUAACAGUGACAGUGGUGAGCAAUACCUUACCGUACAAGGAAAUGAAGGUGAUAGAAACAACCUCACUGCAUGGAACAAUGGUGAUGAAGUUGUCAAGGCCACUGCAGCUCACAAUGAGAACACAAUCGUUGUCAUUCACGCACCUGGACAACUGGAUGUCGAGGAAUGGGUUGAACAUCCUAAUGUUACUGCUAUUCUCUGGGCUGGUUUCCCUGGUCAAGAGAGUGGAAAUGCUAUCACUGAUGUUUUGUUCGGUUACUACAACCCAUCAGCUAAGCUUCCAUUCACUAUCGCUAAACAAAGAGAGGAUUAUGGAACUGAAGUUGUUUACCAUGACUCCUCUGAUGUUCCACAAUUGAACUACACUGAGUCAAUUUUCGUUGACUACAGACAUUUCCAACAAGAUAACAUCGAACCAAGAUAUCCAUUCGGAUUUGGAUUGAGUUAUACCACAUUUGAUUUAGAUAACCUCCAAAUUGAAGAAGUAGGCGAGACUGAACAUGAGGAAUACGAUCCAGAUAUGUUUGGUGCAUCUGUACAAGAAUCAUUGCACAAACCUGCCUACAAGGUUUCUAUUGACGUAACAAACACUGGUGAAAUUUACGGUGCUGAAGUCGUACAACUCUAUCUUCAAUUCCCAAGACACAGUGGUGAACCACCACUCGUUUUGAGAGAUUUCGCAAAGGUUCCACUCGCACCAGGUGAAACCAAGACUGCUGAAUUCGAACUCAGCAUUUAUGACUUGAGUAUUUGGGAUACAGAGAAGCGUCAAUGGGUUAAGCCAGACCACGGUUUAAUUAGCGUUGUCUUUGGUACAUCCAGUGAAGAUGAACGCAUUGUACAAUCACUUUAAAUUAUUGAAACUUAAUUUAUCCUUAAUGAAUCUUUAAUGAAU